AUGUGGGAAGCACUGUCCAGCUCCAUAAACAGGACGCGAUGCUCUGUGUUUUCCAGGGACAGGCAGCCUGCAGAUGCCCCGCUACCGGGGGCAGAGCUGGUCCAGACGCCUCUGCAGCUCUACCGAUACCUGCUGCGCUGUUGCCGACAGCUGCCCACCAAGGGCAUCCAGGAGCAUUACAGGCACGCUGUCAGGCAGAGUUUCCGGGUUCAUUCAGAUGAAGACAAUCCUGAGAGAAUCCAGCAGAUUAUUAAAAGAGCCAUUGAAGAUGCUGACUGGAUCAUGAACAAAUAUAAAAAGCAAAACUGAGACUCAACGAGUGAAGCCGCCCUGAAGACCCGGAAGGUGAGAGGCCUCCCUGGAAGGAACCAGCAGCAGCAGUUCUGGACUCUCGUUGUCCUGCUGGUGGGGAGAGCAGGACACCAGGUGUGGGAGCAGCUGACAUUUGCUCCAAUGGCUCUUCUCAGGCUGCUUGUGUCCCGGUGACCUUCAUGUUUGCUUUUCCGGGCGGUUAUGAUGUGAGAUUUUGGGAGAAUGUGUUUUUUCACUUUUCUCUGAAA